AUGUCGGUGUACAUCCAGCUGACGCACGACCUGUCGGGUACGGUGACGGCCGUGACGAUCGGGGACUGGAUCUUGGGAAUCCUGAAGCAGAAAAAUAUUCAAGAGUACGAAGUGUUCUUUAAAAAGUUUCUGAACAUUUACCAAAAGCAGGACAAGGAUGCAGAGAGCAACAACCGUUCGGAAAUAUUCUCUCUGCUCUUGUCGGCCAGCGACUUGGUAUUUGAAACCCUAGUGGAGACAAAGAAAAGCAACAAAAUAAAAGUUAUAAUUGAUAAUAAGGAAAUUGUAAAAUCUUAUAAUGAAUUUUAUAGGGAGGUGGAAGAAUACUUUGUUAUCCUGAUCUCCAUUUUGCAGCUCGAAUUUAAAACAGUUGAAGAUUUGAACAAUGCUACGAACAAUUUCAUCAUGGCCAUUAAGAAUUUUAAUGUGUUCCCCGAGUUGAGAUUAAAAAUUUUGCAGCUCUUGUAUAACUCAUUCAGUGUGAAUUUCUCGUUUAGGUUUCCUACCUUCAUUGCCAUUUUACAAUUUUCCUCACAAAAUAAUAUUUUCCAUUUUAUGCUUCCCUACAUAAAAUUCAUCGACGAGUGGAUUAAGGAGUGGAAUAUCAGCUCCAGAGAAAAGAGACAAAUUUAUUUAAUCAUCGCUCAAGAACUUAAGAAAUUGAAAAAGUAUGAAGAGUCUUUUAAACAUUUAAAUAAACAUGUGUAUUAUUUUCAAAAGGAAGCACCUGAAGUAUUGAAUCAUCCAACCACCGUCAAUGCUGCCAUCGAACUUAUUGCAGAUGCUAUUAACCUAAAUAAUAAUAUUUACUUCCACCAAUUGUUAACCCUAGAUGCUGUUCAGAAUUUACAAAACAUUGAAGAACAUCAACCCAUUUUUCAUUUACUAAAUAUAUUUUACCAAUACAGUAUACAUGAAUUUUUAGCCUUUAAAAAUAAUUAUGGCGCGGAUUUAUUCACCAAGUAUAAUAUCGACCUUGAAGUUGCAGAAAAUAAAAUUUACCUUCUCUCCAUCAUCUCCCUUUUUAAAGACACCAAGGUACAAAACAUUCAAUACAUUUCAGAAAAACUAAACAUCAGUGCUUUGAAAAUUGAAAAAAUUCUUGUGGCCGCCAUUGGUAGUGGAGUCAUCGAUGCUAAAAUCGACCAGAUUAAUAAAAGCGUUCAAAUGAAGACAACCAUUUUGAGGCACUUUGAUGAGGCCCACUGGGAAAUCCUUAACGCACAAAUUACAAAGUACAUAAAUAAUGUGCAGAAAAUCCUGGACAUUACUACCUCCCGCGCGAGACCCAUGCAGGGAAAGUAG